GUCAAACUCAUGCAAUAAAAAAAAAAAAAAAAAAAUCUGUUUUGUGUAUAUAGGAAUGGAAAACUAGAAAAUUAAACUAGAUACAAAACCCUAAUCCGUUCUGCUUUACGCUCCCGGACUGGGGUUUUGCGCUCUCCGACUUCUGUGUGGAGCAGCAGCCAUGGCAUCGGGAAAGAAGACGAAGAAGACUCAUGAGAGCAUCAACAACAGACUUGCUCUUGUGAUGAAGAGUGGGAAAUACACCCUCGGUUACAAAACGAUUCUGCGCUCCCUCAGAAGUUCCAAAGGUAAGCUGAUAAUAAUUUCAAACAAUUGCCCUCCAUUGCGGAAGUCUGAGAUCGAGUACUAUGCAAUGCUUGCCAAGGUUGGAGUUCACCAUUACAAUGGAAAUAAUGUUGAUUUAGGGACAGCCUGUGGGAAGUAUUUUCGUGUGUCAUGCCUCAGCAUCAUUGACCCAGGGGACUCAGAUAUCAUCAAGUCACUGCCUGGUGAACAGUGAGAGACCGUAUUAGAUAACCUUAUUGUCCUAGGCAUCUAAUUAUGUUCCUUACUGUUUUUGUAGCUAUAUAGAACCCUAAAAUGUUGAAUGUGCCAUCAUCUAAUGCUGUUUUCACGUUUACAGCCUACCCGUGAUUCAUUUUAUGUGGGUGAUAAUAUUUUUUAAAACUCGAGGUGAGAGACUAAUAUGGUUGGCUGUCUUACUGAA